UGGUCGGAGGCAAGUUUCAGGGAAAAUGGGGAGAGGGAAAAUUGAAAUUAAGAAGAUAGAGAAUUUGAAUAAUAGGCAGGUCACCUUCUCCAAGCGACGUAAUGGAUUGCUCAAGAAGGCCAAGGAGUUGUCCGUUCUGUGUGAUGCAGAGGUUGCUGUCAUCAUUUUCUCCAGCACCGGCAAGCUUUAUGAGUUUUCCAACACAAGCAUGGAGCACACCCUUUCAAGGUACACUAAAGGAGUGGAAUUGGAUUUUACAGAGCAACCUUGUGAGGUGCCACCGGCUGAGGAGACAGAGUCUGAUGCAGACCUUCUAAGGGAUGAAAUAAGAAAGCUUCGUUUAGCAUACUUAAGAAUGAUGGGGAAGGAGCUUGAUGGAUUGAAAUUUAAAGAGCUGCAGAAGUUGGAAAAUCAACUGAGUGAAGGGAUACUAUCUGUUAAAGAAAAGAAGGAACAAUUACUUCUAGAUCAACUAGGGAGGUCAAGAUUACAGGAGCAACAAGCCAUGCUGGAGAAUGAAGCCCUGCGCAAACAAAUUGAGGAGAUGCAGAAUAAAUCAAACACAACACACUUUGUUUAUUUCAAUACCUUAGACAGCAGGUUCUGCAUCAACGAUGGUUCCAACCCCAUUUUCCAUUGUGCCUCCCAUGAAAGAGAAGACCUUUCUGACACUUCAUUGCAGUUAGGUUGUGGGGUGUCGUAUAGGUUGUCAACAGAAUUUGGUCGGAAGAGGAAAGCACCGAAAGUAGAAGCCGGCAACGACUCAGCCGCCAGUCAACUGGCCUCUGCAUCCCAAAACAUUCCCUAGUUCUUUCUCUUCCUUUUAUUUUAUUUUCUUCUUUUCAGUAUUUUGUAUCAUAGUCAUCUAUAGAUUAGCUUACAGUAAAAAGGUCGUUAUAAGCUAAAGCAAGCCUCUUAAUAUUUUACAGCCUCUUUAUAUUUUACCUACAUGAUUACAUGUUGACCAUCGAUUUCAUUUUGCAAAGCUAAAAUUCCAGUCAUGCGCUAUUUUCUGAAGAGUAAGAUGCAUCUUUUAUUUUAUUAAAAU